AUGGAGUCGCUAGCCAAAUAUCGUUAUAGCUUAGUAGCUGGGUCUUUUGCUGGGGGAAGCUUUUUUGGUAAGCUCCCCAGCCACCUAAGCGCACUGAAAUUACUGAAUACGUCGGGAAGUACUUUAGGCUCCUCUUAUUUAGAAAUUGCAUUAUUCCGAGUCCCGCCAUUGGUUCUUAUGAUAGUGUGCAAUGUAAGCAACUUGCGUUGUUUUUUGAAGGCUCUCCAGAUGACCGAACAAACUUUAACUUGCGUUGUUUUAACAGCCGCCUCCAAUUAUGUCUUAUCGUUUAUUUUAGGAGCACUUGUUUACCAGGAACCACUCACAUCGUUAUCUGGAAUUGGAAUUACACUAAUUUUGGCUGGUCUAUAUUUCCUUUGCGAUGCGGAAUCGGUUGAAUCUAAGAAAAAAGUACAAGAAAAGGACAAAUAAAGAUGAAAAAAGAUUUUUAUACCA